CAACAAACAUCUAAAAACCAGGGGGGGGGGAGGGGGUGGUGACAUUACUUGGAUUGAAAGUGGAGAACAGUGAUAUUAUGGAUAAACAAUGUGGCGUUGGAGGAGGGUUCUGAUGUUUAAUCGAGGGGGUGGGUUGCUUGGAACGGCAUUGCUCCCCUCUCUCUGGCCAUGGUUAUGGACCUCGUCUUCUAAGUCAACAGUGUCACAGCCAUCGUGUUGCCGACAAUCCUUUGGGACAAUCUGUACAGUGCAAGAAAAAUGAAUGACUAAGGAAAACGUUUAGAAAUGAUGCUCCUGCGUUUGGCAGGUUUUCAUUUUAUCUAUGAAAGUAGAAUUUGUAUUCUAUAUGCAGAAUAGGGGGCUUAUUGGCUAUCUUACCACCGUCGGUAGUCCUGAUCAGUCAUUAGUCAUGAUCAAUCCGCUGCUGGAUGAAGGCUUUUCACUCCUUCACAAGGCCCCAAUUGUCCCACGGUGCCACAAUCCGGAUCACUUCUGCACAAAGGCUACUGGUCUCAUCGCUCUAGCUCCAUUGAUGCUCGUCCUCGCGGGCACAUUUUCUCCUUUGGCUGACAUUCUGUGACUGGUCUUGUUCAUCAGCCACCAUCCCAUCUUGCGAUGCAUAUUACCAGAGCCACGUUGCAUAUGAUUGGCUCUAAUUUAGGUGUAUUACUUGAUCCCUGUGUCGCUGUGUCUGUGUGUAUGCGUAAUGUCAUGCAUGCAUCUGUCAUUGCUUAUUUGUGUAGUUUAGAGCGUUUGUUACAUUUUGUAACGAAUUGGCAUGUUUUCUUUAUGUGACAGACCUUACUAAUUGGCUGUGUCGGGUGGUGGUGGGUUUAACGAAACAUUUAAUAUCUAUGCGAUCUAACUCCAACAAAAACCUGGAUAAUAUUGGUCACGCAAGCCUCGAUGUUCAACUGAUUUUGUUUAUCAUUUGACAUAUCCAUAUGCUAUGGCACUGAUUCAAAGUGUUCUUAUUUAGGCACAAUGAUAUCCUGAUUUUCAUGAUUAAGUUCACAUUGGGGUGUUGCUUUUUCCAAAAGCGCAUCAUUCUUCACUUUACUUAAUCAUUCAGAUGGUGAUCCUCCUGCAAUUAUUGCCCUUGGUUAACAUUCUGCUAUUUUCCAGUUGAGUCUCUCCAACAAUAAUGUUCACUUGUCAUGCGUAACUUUUGUUUUGUUUUUAGUUAUCUUGAUGAAAACUUGCAGCCAUAUUUGUUAAGUUCUAAAAUCAUUUCCUGUAAUUCAUGCCGGGUUGGUUUUCAUAGCCACUGCAGUAUUUUGUCAGCAAAUCUGAGAUGGUUAAUCAUUUCUACAUUUAUGUUUAUGCCUUUAUUUUUCCAACCAAGUGUUUUUGGAAAAAAAUACAUUCUAAAGUUGCCAUGAAUAGCCAUGGUGAGAGUGUAAAUCCUUGCUUGACUUGUCUACUGAAUUGUAUUUUGUUCCUACUCUGCCAUUGUGUGUUCUCAUUGUAGCUGUUCUAUAUUAAUAUAUGCUUUUGAUCAUUGGGGAAAGUCAACAGUGGAUGUAUUCUAGAGAAGACUGCACCCUUCCAUGGAAACAUAUAAUUUCCAACACUCAUUCAGGGCUGCCAACGCAUUAAUUCUGCCUCUACUCGUUGUAACACGGAGACUCAAUAAAUGCCAAACUGUAAUACAGUUUGUACUUUGUGUGAUGUUCCAUCAAAAUUAUGAAAUACAGAAGUGUAUGGGAGUGGGAGUGCUUGUGUAAAAAUGUACUGAAAAUUUUAAAGGAUAUUAAGAUUUGUCGAGAGAGGGAGGUGUUUAAUUGGUGUGCAUUUCCCGCGAUAUAACAAAUGUAUUAGAAACAUGGAAAUUUACAAAGAAAAUGUAACAGCUGAAAAUUGCACAUGAAGGUUGGAGAGGUGAAUGUUUUGGAAUCACACCGAGAGACAGGAACAUCCAUUCGACAACAUACACAAGGUGUGCUCACUGCUGGGUGUGACAUUUGAGCUGCUGCCUGGUGGUGGAAAUUCAAAACCAAACGGGCAGCCAUGCACCGCCCCUUCACCCGCAAGAAAGAUAAAUCGUGGAUUCAUACCCCUGAGAUGCUCACCAUGAGUUGCGUGUCAUACAGUGUCAAGUACCUAGGUAGUUGCGAGGUGUCCCAGCCCAAAGGUUCUGAAGUUGUAAAAGAUGCCGUGAGAAAACUCAAGUUUGCGUGCCACCUGAAAAAAUCCGAAGGUCAAAAACUUCCAAAAGUGGAACUUCAGGUUUCUAUACGAGGUGUGGAAAUCUUGGAUCCCAAAUCAAAGGAAAGUCAACAUAACUGUCCACUCCACCGAAUAUCUUUCUGUGCUGAUGACAAGACGGACAAGCGCAUCCUUGCUUUCAUUUGCAAAGAUGCUGAAACUGACCAGCAUUUUUGCUUUGCAUUUGACAGCGAGAAAUCGGCUGAAGAAAUUACAUUGAGCAUUGGACAGGCUUUUGAUUUGGCCUACAGAAAGUUUCUUGAAUCUGGUGGCAAAGACGUGGAGUCAAAGAAACAAGUGAUUGCUUUGCAAAAAAGGGUUACUGAACUUCAAACAGAGAAUGGUGAACUCCAGAAGAAAAUUGAAAAACUAGAGGAAAGGCUCAAAAGCACACAAGUGAUUGUGCACACAGAGGAGGCACUCAAUGGGGUGUUCGACGGAGUGGCAUCGGCUGACCUCUUCGACAUGGUGCCCUUUUCGCCAGCAUCCCCUGCCGCCACCUCCCCGGCUGUUCCGCCACCAAUUCCUAGUCGAGCUGCCGAGAGAGCUAAGGACAUAUUUGGAGCAGAACCUUUUGACCCCAUUACUAACCGAGGAGCUGGGCCACCCAUUGCAAGUGCCAGCCUGGCAGAUUUUCCAGGCGCGCCUCCAGAAUCAUAGGACCUUGACCAUGGAGGACAUCGCUGUAUUUUGAUCCUUCCAUAGGACUGGUGCCUGUGCUUCAUCAUCACUGGAUAUUGAACGCAUCCUCUUCUACGGAGAUUCCUGUUGGCAUCCACGGUCAACCACCUUGGACAUAACAUGUAGCAGCAUCAUGACAGCAAUGAUAUAUUAUUGGUAGCAUAGGUACCACCACCACCACACAACAAUGUGCACACAAGUAUUAUACGUUUGGCCACGCCAAUGAACACACCGUCGUUAUGACAGCUACCAAAUUGCCUCGCGGUCGCACAAGGGUAAAAGUCGUGCUUCUUAUAAGUAACGGAGAAUAUACAGGCAAAAUAAUAACGAUUUUCCCAUUUUCAGCAAGUAUUUUAUUUCAUUAACAACAUACAUUUCGACAAUCAUAAACACACUGUAUAUAAAAAAAUUAUUGCUUAAAAUUUUAGCCUUCAAAUGGAUAUAUUUUUAUACCUUUCCACGUAUUACACUUCAAUAAUAAUUUUAGUCGCAUGUAAACCAAUGCCAUUAAUAUAAAAUAUUGCACAAACUGUAACAUCUACUGAUAUAAAGGAUAACUGAAUAUGAAUAUACAUGUAAUUGUUUUUAGAAAAAGGUUGUAUAUCACCUUGAGAGUAUUGCACGGUGAAAUUAAGUGAUAAUUUAAGAUAACACAAAAACAAUACAUUAAUGGCUUCCUUUUAUUUUAUUACGCUUCCAAGGGUAUUCCAUAGAUACAUGUUUUAGAAACUAACGGUGCCAUUAUAAUAUAGGAUAUGGAAACGAUGCAAGUCCAUUUUUUUACAUCAACUUGAUCAUUUUUGAGAAAAGCAUUGCUGCACGAGCAUUAAAUGCCUACCAUGUAUGAUGGCCUUCCAGGGUGAACCUCAUCGCCACCUAAAGCAAUGGAAAGUAUUUCUGGCUGCAAGGAACACAAAUCAUUGUGCCACUACUGAGUAGCUCUGUGAUUGUAGUGCAUUCUGUGGGUAUUUGUAAGUUGGCAGGAUAUAAUGUGGGCAGUGCUGUGAUGACAAAUGUGCAUUAAAGAAAAGGCUUUUUUAGACUAAAACAUACCUUUUAGCCUGGGCAAUUUGAUGAUCACUGCCAGUAACAUAAACGUGAGAGUGGAAUAAGCACUCGGACCAUGAAUCUAUUGGAGAUGAUGUCUUAUAAUUUGAGCAUCAAGUUUGCAUGCAUUUGACCAAAACAGAAAAAGCUUUACUGUGGUGCUUUGCCACCUUAUAAAUGUUUGUAUGUAUACUCAUCAGGGUGUAAUUUCCUAUAUUUUAUACACAUUUUAAGCAUUUGUGAUAUGUUCAUUAACGUGAUAUUUUAUAUACAUCAAAUGCUUUUGCUCGCAUGUUUACCAACAACUUACAAUUUUGUGAAAGUAUGCAACAUGUUGAUGAGUGUUUCUCUUGUGUGCCCGCACUUCGUGGAGGGCUGCCUCAAAGAUGUGCCGAGUUCCAUUACCUUUAAAUUUAUAGCUGUCAUAUUUAACGAAAGACUCGACGACAUUAUUACCAAAGUAUGCAGUUAAACAAAUCACAUUUGACAAUCGUAACUUUUUUUUAUAUAUAUAAAACGUUACACGUUGAAGAAAAUCAUAAAUGAGGGGUUAGAGCAUGCUGGGCCACGUGUUUUCCAUAUGUUUACCUGCUCAAUCACUGCUGCCUAUUGUGUUACUAGAAAUGUGUUUUGGUGUACUCCAAUCAGCCGCAGUGGCACACCCUGGUUGAUUAGCUUCCGGGCCACGACUUUCACAAAGACGCAGCAUGGCGAGUCCCCAUGUCGGUGCAGUAUGUGCCCUGGGUGGACGAUGGCUCCCAAUAUGUGGUUUGACCUCUGAACCCAGUCUUGGCUACUAAACAUUGUUUAAGCCUCGUUUUCUUAUUGCGCUGUUAAAAUGUAUUUCUCACGUAGUAAAAAAUGAUUACACGAGUUUUUUUUGUAUUGUGUGUUUGCCAAAUAUGUUUCCUGUGAUUACUAAGCAUAUGUGCUAUACGAUUACCAAAUAUCUAUCAAAAUGAAUGGUUAAAGCAUUUUUUUAGCCAGAUAUUUACGAGAAAAUACCGACAAUGUUUAGUUUUUUUAAGCUGUCUCGGCUCGUUUACCUGCCUCUCAGCAUGAACAUUUGUAAAUCCUUUAAGGGACAGCAAUCACUAAGUUUACAUUCACUGGUGUUGAAGAUGAAGGUGAUUGAAUGCAUUUCACAUGUAAUAUUUUGUUAGUUUUUCCCAAAUAGAGGAAAAUGAUUGUGCAAUUGAAUUGUCCAGUAAUAUAUGUUUGACUGGACGCAAUAAACUCGAAAGCCUGUCACUUU